UGAGCCCCAGCCAUGAGGUUCCUCUACCUUGUCUUCACUGUCUUCCUCCUGGUCUCCUUGGCUGUCCCAGGCUAUGGGCAGGUGAGGAAGCACUGCCCCAAGGUGGGGUACUGCUCCAGCAAGUGCUCCAAGGCAGACGUAUGGUCCCACUCCUAUGACUGCAAGUACUACUGCUGCAUCCCAGCUGGCUGGAAGGGGAAAUAGGAGCUGCAGAAGAAGG